AUGGAUUCUGAUGGCUUUGUAGAUCUCGAGGGAUUGGAAAACGCCCCCCCCCCCCUUCGUACGAUGGAAUCGAGCGACAUUGAAGACGUUAUUCAGAGAUGCAAUGAUAGAAUUCGCGAUGGAAUCAUGCGACAAUGGUGGACGCAGAAGUUAGAAUACUACCAGAAGUUAAAGAAAGAAAAUGACGCACAGAUUGCUUCGGAACCAGGCCUCGACUUGAAUACUGUUAUUCGGGUGAAGGAGCUCGAGGUAAUAAAGGCUCAUCUUGAGAAAGAAGGAAAUCCGCAUUAUGCCCUUAGCAAUGUAAAUUCCCCCCUCGCAGCAUACAGAAGGAGGCUCUUGGUCUGGCACAUGGAUAAGGUUACAUAUUGGUCGGAUGGGAAACAACUCUGCAAACCGGAAGCAUUUGAUUGGGAUAGAUUAUUGGAGUGGGAUAACAAAGUAAAUGGAUAUGCGUUCUGGGUUGAGGGGAUCGGUAAUCCGGGACCUAAGAAAUCGUACGCCUUCAAUAUCCCUGCUGUCCAUGGUGCAAUGCGACGAGCAUCGGUUUGGAAUCACCAUAGGUCCCUGGUGCAGAGAAUCUACCAAACCAUAUGA